AUGCACCCGAGUAUUCAGUUUUCGCUCUUGUUGAUUGUGUGGCUGCCCUUUGCGGUGGCGAAGGAUUGUUCCACCCAAUAUAUCAACAAUGCCACCAUUGGUCUUAUUUCAAGUCCUCUGUUCCCUGAUAAAUAUCCCAAUUCUAUAGAAUGCUAUCAUGUAAUCAGAGCCGAGAAUGAGGACGAUAUUAUCCAAUUAAUAUUCUAUGUAUUCGACACCGAAGACAAUGCUGAUUAUGUGUUCCUAUAUGAUGGAGAAGGUGAGAACAAGACACUGAUCGCAAAGUAGGUUACAAGAAUACGCUUGGCGAUAUAAAUAACUGGUUACACUGACCGGAAACUAUUUCUGUUGUUAAAAAAGCAAUUGCAUUCCUUCUAUCAUGAAAAAAUUAUUAUUAAAAUCAAAUUGUAAUCAUUUUAACAGCCAUUAAAUUAUCCGUAAAUUCUUGCAGAUUAAGUGGAGAAGUCCGAGAUGUAUUCAAAACAAAUCUGACCAGCACGAUGACAAUCAGAUUCAAAUCUGAUUUAGACCGCAACUUUCAAGGAUAUUAUGCACAGUACCGAGUCAUCUCUAGUAAGUUUUAAGGCCCACUAUGACGCAAAUGAACAUUUAAUCCCUGAUUAGAAAUGUUGUUCUAUGAUUGCAGGAAAUGAAUCAACCUUCCCAGUUCUUGAGGAUUGUCCCCAUGUCACCCAAAAUUUGACCGACCCAUUCGGAGUUAUAAUCUCUCCCAAUUGGCCAGAUCUAUAUCCAAAUCAAGCUUGUUGUGUGUAUUAUCUUCCUUCCCCCGCUUGCAAUAUCACUCUGACAUUCAAUUUCUUCAAAACCGAAGAGAAUGCUGACAUCUUGUACAUUUACCAUGGGAAUGAGACGGAAAAGUAAUUAUUUGUGCAUUACUUUUUAAGAAACAAACUUUAAAAAGGAAAACUACAACAGCAAGACAUGCACAAAAUCUUCUUUCAGGCUCUCUGGGUAUAUCGCAGCUGGAACUACAUACGUGUUUAAUGAGGAGGAUCUAACCCUCAAGUUUACUUCGGAUUUAGAUCGACCGGAUCUUGGUUACAGCAUUACUUAUGUAUCUACUUGA